AUGCGGACGUCAAAUGACCAAAACGACGACGAACUCUUCCAUGUCGUUCAUAAAGUCCCGGCCGGUGACUCUCCCUACGUCAAGGCCAAGCGUAUUCAGUUGAUUGAGAAGGAUCCAAACAAGGCUAUUUCCAUGUUCUGGGCUGCUAUAAAUGCAGGGGAUCGGGUUGAUAGUGCCUUGAAAGACAUGGCAGUUGCGAUGAAACAGUUGGAUCGAUCUGAUGAGGCAAUUGAGGCCAUCAAAUCUUUUCGUCAUCUGUGCCCUGAUGAUUCUCAGGAAUCUCUUGACAAUAUCCUGAUUGAACUCUACAAGAGGUCUAAAAGGAUUGAAGAAGAGAUUGAGUUGCUUCAGCGCAAACUGAAAGUUACCGAAGAAGCUAUAGCUUUUGGUGCAAAGAAUACAAAGAUUGUAAGAUCUCGGGGGAAGAAGCACGAAAUAACAUUUGUAAAGGAGUUAUCAAGGAUACUUGGCAACUUGGCCUGGGCUUACUUGCAGAAAAAUGAUUAUCAGAGGGCUGAACAAUAUUAUAUGAAAGCUCUGUCUCUGGAGCAGGACAAGAACAAGCAGUGCAACCUCGCAAUCUGCUUGAUGCAUUUGAACAGGAUUGUAGAAGCAAAAUCUUUACUUCAGGCUGUAAGAGCUUCAUCUCUAAAUGAACCAGUGGAUGAUCUGUACACUAAAUCCUUUGAACACGCUUUCCAGAUGCUGUCUGAAUUAGAGUCAAAAUUAAUGUUACAUGGAACCAAGAGUGCAAAUUGGAAACUACCAUGCAAGCAAAUGGUAACCGGUGAAAAUAUGUUAGAUAAUGUAGUAUUUUGUACACAGCCAAGAUAUUUCCGGGGUUCUUAUAACAGAGAACAGAGAAGUAAAAGAUGGAGGGAGGGGAGCUGUAACAAAAUGGAAGCUCAUGCAGUCCGGAAUCUCGAUGGGGAAUUACAAUCUUCACCUAAUGAAAAAUCAGAAAUGGGACUGCAAAACCGUGCAGCUAUUUUAUCACCUACUAGUGAAGAUUGGAGACAGAGGACAUGGAAACUUAUUUCUCAAGGCCGAAUCAGAAGAUAA